AACCCCGAGGUGAAGUGCGCAUGCGCGCUGCUGUCUGGGAUUUCCCUGACAGCAGCGAGUAGUUUAUAUCAGUGAGACUGUGAGGGAUGAUAUCUGUGUAACACUGAGCGGCACUCCGUCAGCAGCUGUACAGGAAUGAAACAAAGAGCACUGCAACCAGGUGAUGCCUGUUAAAGCCUUCAACAUGCAGAGAGUGGUCCAGGUGGUCCAGGUGGCGGCGCAGAAGAGCUGCAGAAGAGCCUGUGAGCUCUUCUGCUUCCCAUUAGACACUAUGCUGUGUGAGAAUGUCACCUGCUGCCCUGCUCAAAACCAUCAGCAGAAAGAGGAUAAAACUACACAAGUGGCACUCCCAAGUCCGCCGUCAACCAUUUUGAUUGUAAACAUCAGCAACUCAACUCUGGUCGACUGCGUCAUAGGUAACAACACCUAUAGAACUGGUGUGGCAGAAAGUCAGCCUUUAAUGCAGAAACCUGAGCUCCACAUGCAUGAUCAGAGGUGCAGCUGCAACCAUGGACAGCAGAGGACAGAGCACACUUCUCCAUUACCUGCUCCUCUUCCUCACGGUCCUGUUUCACCAGAGCAGCCUCCGAACAUCCACAUCCACAGCUCCCACCUCAACUGUGUCAUCAUCGGAGACAACAACUACAUGCAUGCUGAGCAGAUCCACCAGUGUGAUGCUUUGACAGAGAAUACUCACAGUUAAGAAGCUGGAACCAGAGCAUUUUCAGCCUUUUUGAUGAACAAAAUAACAUUUGACAAAAUUUGUCAUUUAUUGCUUACAUAUUUUCUGUUGAAUAGAGGAAUGGAUUAAUGAACAGACAGUUUUAACACUCUUUACAUUACAUUUACAUUUAGAGUGACAUCAGUGUAAGGAUCUAGCACAACGUUUUUGCUCUGGUUUAGAUGUGACUUGAAAGAAUACAGUUCAUAGCAGAUGUCCAAGUGUUGUAAGGCGGCUGGUUCGCUGAAACGUCAGCUCCCCCAAGCCCAUUUAUUAUAUAAUCCUCUUCCUGUUUUGUAAUAUCAGAUAUUCUGCUCCUCUGUCAGACACAAGGACAUUAAGCUGAGAGCAGUGGGAAAUUUCCCACAUAGUUCUAAUGAGUCAUCUCUUUGUGACCUAAUAUACUUAAUGUAUUUUAUAAUGUGUAACUGCAUUGAUAAAUAGUAUUGAAACACUGUGACUGAAUCCUUAUCAUAUCAUGAUAAAGGUGUUGAUGAUAAAAUGUAUGACCUAUGGUCCUUAACAGUAGACUACUUAGUAGUUUUUCUUGUUGUGAUUUCUUGCAUUUUUAUGUUUGAUAUUAUUUAUGUAAUAAAAAGUGUUUGACCUUGCUCAGGUUAUACUUUAACACAAAGUCUGUACUCAGGACUGUGAAUCAAUAUGCUACCAUUGUGCCUGUUGAUACUUUCAUAUACAGUAAUGAUGAUAUGAUGUUGAUAUGUUCUAUGUAACCUUUACAUAUAGUGUACCACUGAAUUUUUGUAUUUGUUACAGGUUUGAAAUUAGCAAAAAUAAAUGUUUAACAUAACUA